AUGACACUGUCUGUCCUCUCUCCCUGGGUCUCCCUCAGGUGCUGUGACGUUAGGACCACUCCCUCUCCCUCUCUCUCUCCCCCUCCUCCCCCGCUCUCCAUCCCCCUCCUCCCCCGCUCUCUCCCCCUCCUCCCUCUCUCUCUCCCCCCCUCCUCCCCCGCUCUCUCCCCUCCUCCUCCCUCUCUCUCUCCCCCUCCUCCCCCGCUCUCUCCCCCUCCUCCCCCGCUCUCUCUCCCCCUCCUCCCCCGCUCUCUCUCCCCCCUCCUCCCCCGCUCUCCUCCCCUUCUCCCCCGCUCUCUCCCCUCCUCCCCCGCUCUCUCUCCCCCCCCUCCCCCGCUCUCUCUCCCCCCUCCUCCUCCCCUUCUCCCCGCUCUCUCCCUCCCCUCCUCCCCCGCUCUCUCUCCCCCCCCCUCCCCCGCUCUCUCUCCCCCCCUCCUCCCCCGCUCUCUCCCCCUCCCCGGCUCUCUCUCCCCCCCCUCCCCCCCCCGCUCUCUCCCCCCUCCCCCGCUCUCUCCCCCCCUCCUCCCCCGCCCUCUCUCCCCCUCCCCCGCUCUCUCCCCUCCUCCCCCGCUCUCUCUCCCCCUCCUCCCCCGCUCUCUCUCCCCUCCCCCGCUCUCUCCCCCCCCCGCUCUCUCCCCCUCCUCCCCCGCCCUCUCCCCCCCCUCCUCCCCCGCUCUCUCCCCCUCCCCCGCUCUCUCCCCCCCCCCCGCUCUCUCCCCCCUCCCCCGCUCUCUCUCCCCCCCUCCUCCCCCGCUCUCUCCCCCCUCCCCCGCUCUCUCCCCUCCUCCCCCGCUCUCUCUCCCCCCCUCCUCCCCCGCUCUCUCCCCUCCUCCCCCGCGCUCCCCCCCCCUCCCCCCCUCCCCCUCCCCCUCCCCCGCCCUCCCUCCCCCUCCUCCCCCCCCCUCCUCCCCCCCUCCCCCCCCUCCCUCCCCCCUCCCUCCCCCCCCUCCCCCCUCCCCCCCCGCUCCUCCCCCCCCUCCCCCGCCCUCCUCCCCCCUCCCCCCCUCCUCCCCUCCCCCCCCCGCCCUCCUCCCCCCCCUCCCCCCCUCCCCCCUCCCCCCUCCCCCUCCCCCCGCCCUCCCCCUCCUCCCCCGCCCUCCCCCCCUCCCCCCCCCCUCCCUCCUCCCCCCCCCUCCCCCCCCCUCCCCCCUCCCCCGCCUCCCCCCCUCCCCCCCCCCUCUCUCUCCCCCCCCUCCUCCCCCCGCUCUCUCCCUCCUCCCCCUCUCUCCCCUCCUCCCCCCCUCUCUCCCUCUCUCUCCCCGCCCCCUCUCUCUCCCCUCCUCCCCCGCUCACCCGCCCCUCCUCCCCCGCUCUCUCUCCCCCUCCUCCCCGCUCUCCGCCCCUCCCUCCUCCCCCCGCUCCCUCUCUCCCCCCUCCUCCCCCGCUCUCUCCCCCUCCUCGUCCCCCCCCUCUCUCCCCCUCCCUCCCCCCGCUCUCCCCUCCUCCCCCGCUCUCUCCCCUCCUCCCCCGCUCUCUCCCCGCCUCCCCCGCUCUCUCUCUCCCCUCCGCCCCCGCCCUCUCUCCCCUCCUCCCCCGCUCUCUCCCCCUCCCCCGCUCUCUCCCCCCUCCCCCGCGCUCUCUCUCCGCCCCUCCUCCCCCGCUCUCUCCCCCCCCCCCGCAUCUCGCUCCCUCAGGUGCUCUCUCUGA